AUAUUGCACACAUAUUGUAUUUCCAUGGUAGAAUUAGAAUAAAGUUAAAAUGGAUGUGGCUGGCUUAUCUGAUAGUGACAUGCGAAAAGCUUUAGCAGAUUAUGGUGUAGAUGCAGGACCUGUUACUGCAACUACAAGAAGUAUUUACAGGAAGAAACUAUCUAAAGUUAUAUCAUCUCAAGAAAACUCUCAAGGGCAUUUUGUGGAUGAAAAUUACAGUGAAGUUGUAUCUUCAGCAACAUUUGACAUCAAUUCUUCAUCUGAUCAAGUUGAUUUUCAAAAGGUUAAAACAGAGAACAAGAAAAAAGAAAAAAGUCCACCGGAACCCACUAUUAAUACACAAUCACCAUAUCGUUACGCACAACACUCUUUUCCUUCAGAUGACAUCUUGAGACGUAGACCUCUCUAUACACCUGGUGGUACUCUCCGCACUAUCCCGAAGACGUCAUCUCCGUUAUCAGCCACUGUGAAACAGUUUGAUGAAACAGAUGGAAAAAAGGCUACAAAAAGCUCUUUCCUGUGGUGCCGUUUGUUGCUUGUUGUUUUGCUGGUGUGCGUUCUUCUCGUUGUGCUUGUUUAUUAUCACAUGGAGCAGAAUGAAGUUAGCAAAUUACCGAUAGAAAGUAAAGCAGGAACUUUUAAAUAAAAACAAAACAUUUUCUAGACACUCAGUUUUUUUAUAUGCCUGAAUUUGGCUGUGCAAACAUUUGAUGUGCAUUAACAUUUUCUUUUCUAAAAAUACAGAAAUAAGAAAUAGCGCCAAUCUGGAAAAAAUAAAGAAAUGACUUAAGUUUCAUAACACUUAAUUUUUAGACAAAAAUAAUCAUAAAAUUUAAGUUCAUCCAUAAUCACGAUUAAAUCAGUGUAAUUGUUGUAAAUCGUAUACUAUCAAGCUUUAAGCACCAAUCACCUAAAAUAAUCAGUGCCUUUGUAUAAAGCAAAUGUUAACAUUUUUAGACUCAAAAAGUUUUUUGUAUUAUUGUACCCAUAAGAGAUGCACAAAAAUUAAAUGAGCGUUAAACCUAAAAUUUCAUGAUUUAAGGUAUUUAGGGUAUUUUAUGAUUUAAGGUAUUUGUGGUAGAUUUGAAACAAUGACCUUACUUUAUGUCUGUUAAUAUAUAUAGAUUUUUUUUAUGAAUAGAAACUAUGUACCAAGUCGUUUGUGAGAAAUUUUACUGAGCUUUGGCUAGCCUAAAAAAUAUUGUUUGCUGUUGUGCAAUUUUAGUACUCAAACUUGUUCAUGUAUACAUAGACAAUGUAAAAUUAUUGAUUAUGUGAGGAUCAAAAAAAUGAAAAAAAAGAAAAACACACAGUGUAUUUUUUAAGUCCAGCCCUAGCUAAUAUAUGAGCUAUUUUAACAUGUAUACUUGCUUAUACUAAUUGCUAACUUUUGUGCAGCUGAUUUAUUUUCAGUCCAUCACGAGCAACAGAUCUACUUAUGCAUAAUUUUAACAACCAUUUUGCAAGCUCCUGUAAUGUAAUGAUUUAAAUGUAAAUUUUCUGUGUCUAUACAUGCAAUGACUCUAGUGUCCAAUCACCUGUUAACAAUUUUUAUCCUGCCGUGUCCUUUUCCUUAUUUACAUAUUUGUUAGCAUUUUUAAAGUUCUUUUGCUUCUUGUUUAUUUCAGACCGUUGUUGUAGUGAUUACUUAGUUGUAUAUAAUUACAGAAAAAUGUUAAUAAAUAUA